AUGUUCCGGUGUGGAAGCCUGGCAGCGGGUGCCUUCAAGCAGAAGCUGACGCCCUUGGUGCGGACAGUGUGCGUCCGAGGCCCGAGGCAGCGGAACCGGCUCCCAGCUCGAGCUUUGGGUACAGAAGUAAUUCAACUCUUCCCUGAGAAAGGAAACAUGGGAAAGAUCCUCCCUGAAUACCUCAGCAACUGGACCAUGGAAAAAGUCAGACGAGAGGGGGUUAAGGUGCUUCCCAAUGCUAUUGUGCAGUCAGUUGGAGUCAGCGGUGGCAAGUUACUCAUCAAGUUGAAAGACGGCAGGAAGGUAGAAACUGACCACAUAGUGGCAGCUGUGGGCCUGGAGCCCAAUGUUGAGUUGGCCAAGACUGGUGGACUAGAGAUAGACUCUGAUUUUGGUGGCUUCCGGGUAAAUGCAGAGCUCCAAGCACGCUCUAACAUCUGGGUGGCAGGAGAUGCCGCAUGCUUCUAUGAUAUAAAGUUGGGUAGGAGGCGGGUAGAGCACCAUGAUCAUGCUGUUGUGAGUGGAAGAUUGGCCGGAGAAAAUAUGACUGGAGCUGCUAAGCCAUACUGGCAUCAGUCAAUGUUCUGGAGUGAUUUGGGCCCCGAUGUUGGCUACGAAGCUAUUGGUCUUGUGGACAGUAGUUUGCCCACAGUUGGUGUGUUUGCAAAAGCAACUGCACAAGACAACCCAAAAUCUGCCACAGAGCAGUCAGGGACUGGUAUCCGAUCGGAGAGUGAGACAGAGUCUGAGGCCUCAGAAAUCGCUGUUCCUGCCGGCAGUCCCACAGUCCCCCAGGCCCCAGCUGAAGGGGAGGACUACGGCAAAGGUGUCAUCUUCUACCUCAGGGACAAAGUAGUGGUGGGGAUCGUGCUGUGGAACAUCUUCAACCGAAUGCCAAUAGCAAGGAAGAUCAUUAAGGACGGUGAGCAACACGAAGAUCUCAAUGAAGUAGCCAAACUGUUCAACAUUCAUGAAGACUGA